AUGAGCAGCCAUCUCUCGUCGUCGGCGGCGGCGCCGCUGGAGGACGAAAACCUAUUCCCCGAGAUCCUACUCCGCCUCCCGCCGCAGCCCUCCUCCCUCCCCCGCGCCUCGCUCGUCUGCAAGCGCUGGUGCCGCCUCGCCUCCAACCCCGGCUUCCUCCGCCACUUCCGCAUCCACCACCGCCGCAGCCCUCCCCUCCUCGGCUGCCUCGUCCAAGAUCCCGACGGCAUCUCCUUCCUACCUACAUCGGAGCCCCUCAACCGUCUCCCGCCCGGUCGUUUCUCCUUGCAGUUCUUACUCAGCAACGGAUUCACGCUACACGACUGCCGCCAUGGACUCGUACUUAUGUCCGACCAGAUGCGGCGCCAGUUCGUCGUGUGGGACCCCGUCACCGGCGACCAGCACCGCCUACCGAUUCCCCCGGGGUUCGAUCCGAGGACGACCCGAAUCAAUGGGGCGGUGCUUCGUGCUGCGGGGGACGUCAAACACUUCCAGCUGGUCUUUGUAGCAGCAUACAACCACGGGGUAGCAGCGGCGGCCGCCUGCCUUUACUCGUCGGAGACCGGCGUAUGGGGUAACAUCGUCUCAACACCAAUUCCAUUCGAGUCCGACCGAGGGUCCGCCUUAUAUCAGAUGUUUACUUUCGGAACAAUUUCUACGGAGCCCGCUGUGCUUGUUGGGGAUUCCAUUUACUGGAUUCUUGCCAAUUGUUCAUCAGGCAUCCUUGAGUUUAAUUUUGAGAUGCAGAGACUAGCUGCUAUACGGGUGCCACAUCUGUAUAGAGAUCACUUCAAGCUUAUAAAGGCGGAUAGUGGUGGGCUGGGUCUGCUCCACAUAUCAGACUUCACCAUGCAAGUGUGCAAUUACGAUGGUGUUGCUUCAUGGAGGCUGGGAAGAACUAUUGAACUGGACAAAUUACUUCCCCUGAAUCCAUACAAGGACAACAUAAUGUUAGGAGCGUUUGCCGAGGAAAAUAAUAUGGUGUUCCUGUGGACAUUGAACGGGCUCUAUGCGAUCCAUCUUCAGUCAUUGGAGGUGAAAAAGCUACCCGAAACCACCAACAUAUCUCACUACUAUCCCUUUGAAAGCGUCAAUACGACAGAUGUUGGCGGGGAACAUGGUCGAGCUGAACUUUUUGCACAAUGCAUAAGAUGACUAGCUGGUCAGAUACACUAUCAUGAUGUAUUGGUUGAUCAGGUAAGCUUAUCUUCUGCAUGUAAGUUGAGGUAUCUGAUGUAAUUUUUGUUGCAACAGAUACUGCUUUCCUUUUUACAAGCACCAAAUGGA